CAGGAAGUCGGAUGUCGUGGUGAACCUUAUAAUGCAGGGCAUCGUGCUGGUUGUGGGCGCCAUCACCGUCGCGUUAGUCUUGGUCGUCGAGAAACUGAGCACAAUACUUGAGCUGGGAUACAGUGUCAGCGGCGUCAGCAAUGGAGCACUGCUGGGACUCUUCUCGUUUGGCAUGCUGGUACCUUCGGCGAACACCAAGGGUGCUCUGGUUGGCAGCCUGUUGGGUAUGGCGGUGGUGGCAGUCAUUAUGUCAGGGGCUCAGAGCGCCCACGCCAUGGGCCGCAUGAGGUACCCCUCACUGCCUACCUCCGUCGAAGGCUGCCCUGCCAACUUCACAUCGGUCAUCGAAACCGUCAUACCGUCAAGUACUCCAAGCCCAGUGACGGACGAGGUGCCGCUGUUGUUCCGGCUGUCGUAUCUCUACUACACACUGGUGGGCGCCGUCGUCAUGGUGACGGUGGGCUGGGCGGUCAGCCGGCUGACGGGUCCCCUCAAACCAGGGGACGUGGAGCCGUCGCUGCUGGCGCCUAUGGUCCGGCCCAAACACCUGCGCCGGAAAAAUUGCGCCGCCGACGCCGACCCGGCGGUCCGAGUUGAGCUGCUCCAGCAGGCGAAGCAGCAACCCGAGACACACGGAGCGGCCUAAUGUGUCAACACACGACGACGAGGAGGCAGCAACCUCGCCAAGGGCUCCUGUACUCUGCCAGCCGUUUGCCUGACAUGUGGUCGUUAAUACAUCUCUGAGUAACAGUUUCGCAUCUUACACGCAGGAGUAAUUAUAGUUUCCUUUGUGUUCCAAACAGGUAUCUGUUGAGCUACGACAUUUCUACUUACCGUACACACUGCUGACCCUUUUAUGCAGACAGUCUCAAAUAAAAUUUGUGUAGAACCAAACUGAGAAAAAUAUACCUAGCAAAUACUGUUCAGAUACCAGGCGACUGGCUUUCUUAUAAC